AUGUCGUUCCAGACUUUUGCGCUAGUGCCGCCCUCCGAAGAAGGGGCUCAUCAGAACAGUACGCAGAUUGCGGACAAUGACCAAAAUAUCUUUUGCUUCAUCGAAGCUCUACUGCGCCAAGAGCAGCGCUCAAAGCAUUACCAAGGCCAACUAGAGUCCAAAAUCCAUAGCGAUGCGGCAGAAUUCCAACGCUCACGUGCCCAGAUCCUGCGGUUACAGAGGGUAGUUUGUGGACUGCAGCAUCAAAGAUCGCAGCUUGAGACUUCAUUGGCCUAUAUGGCAGAGGCCUGCCGGGUUAUGGCUCGAGAUGCAGGGCUUGAAAAGGUGAAAGUGCAGGAGCUUGAGUCUCGUCUCUCUGAGGUAUACCCAAGCAUUGAUUCUCUGUUGCAGUACUUGGCCCCUGGAGAGCACAACGGUGAUCAUCUGAACGAUGAAGGAGUGAAUGGUCAUCUUCUGCUUGAGAAUCAACGCCAGCGAGAAUUCAUCAACAGCCUAGAGGCCAACCUCCUGGAGCGUGAGGAAGCGAUACGAGAGUUGAAAUCCAGGCUAGAAGAGACGGUGCAAGAGCAUCGAUUGGCGAGUCAUGGCCAGCACGAGUCAGAUCGACUGAGUCCCUACGAGAUGACUGGGGGUACAUCGGAAGAGUCAAGCGUUGAGAUCAUCACAGGAUCCUCUGUCCUUUACUGA